AUGUACUCAGGGAACUCUCUCUUUUCCCACUUACUACAUCGUUGUGGGUUAAACUACAGCAAUUGCGCUUUCUCUCUCACUAAUAAUUCACUGGCAUUCAUGAUGCGCCGCUUCGAAAGAAUCUACGACGUGGUAGAGCCCGUUGAGGAGUAUCGUCUUGGUGGUUACCAUCCAGUGCACCUUCAUGACGUGUUUCAUCAAAGAUACGAGGUCAUUGGGAAGCUAGCUUACGGCCAACAUUCAACCGUAUGGCUAGCAAAGGACCAACAGCCCGGCCUGCAACAGGUCGUCUUGAAAAUAUUGAAAGCAGAAGCGUCCGAAAACAAUAGAGAGCUUUCUAUCCUUCUAACCCUGUCAGAUUCUGGCAUGGGCCACCCUGGAAAGAGACAUGUGAUUGAACUACUCGAUUAUUUUUACCAUACAGGACCGAAUGGAACUCACUUGUGCCUUAUCUUCCCGGUGAUGAUAUCCGAUGGGGAGGGAAUGACAAUCUGUGGGAAUACGCACGAAGCAGGCUAUAUUCGAGCCAUUUCCCGUCAAAUUCUCUUGGGCCUCAACUUUCUUCAUCAGUUGGACAUCGUCCAUUGUGAACUUCAACCAGCAAACAUUCUUUUUUCAAUUUCCGGAACUACGAACAUGGAGGAAUUAGUACAGCCUCCCGAAUUCAGUCCCGUCAAGUGGUUAGAAGGAGUCACUGAAGAUGACAGCGCCCCCAAAUAUUUAGUCCCUACGCAAAGGCGCCGGGGCCAGUUGGAUAGUAGGCAUUUCUCAACAAUCGAGGUUAGGAUCGGGGAUUUGGGCGGAGCUCAAUAUAUCAACCACCGUAACCAGCAACCAGUCACACCUCUGGCGUUGCGUGCACCUGAGCUGAUACGACGACAUACCGAAGACACAGCCAUAGACGAUACUAUAGACAUCUGGACCUUAGGUUGUUUACUAUUUGAGUUGGCAACGAAUGAGCCACUGUUCCCCCUCGAUACGUUCGGCCUCGCACGCGAUGUUAUAGACAACAACCACUGUUCUCUUAUCGAUCAGAGGCUUGAUUCGAACAGCUUAAGGAAUGAGAAAUUCAGAGGACAUCUGAGAGAUAGAUUACCGGAUAACUUUGGUGCUGAGAAUGUGGAGGCCCUGGCAUCAUUCCUUUUACUUAUGUUACGAAUGGACCCUCGCGAGCGACUGCCGGCGAGAGAUCUACUUCAGACACAGUUCAUAUCAGAGGGUAUCCAGCAUUGA